GAAUGCAAAUUGUGGAGGUGCAUUAUAUCAAGGUGGUGGUUCAGGUUUUGUUCGACCAGUCUAUGCUAUAGAUCCUCUCACUGCACUGAUGCAAAAGGGUCGAGAUGAUCGUCUUUAAAUUCGAUAUAUUACCAAUCAAAACGAUUUUGUUUCCAUUAAUCGUACAUUCAGCGAUCGUGGUUUUCAAAAUGCUAAAUAUCUUGUAUUUAUUAGUGCUUGGUCGGAAGAAGGAAUAGAUCGAACCGACCUAUAUACUUUUGAUAAUGGUGAACAACUUGUUCUAACUGUUGCUCAAAAUUGCCGUCAAACUAUUGUUCUUGUUAACAGUGUCUCACAACUAAAUCUUGAACGAUGGGUCGGUCAUCCAAACGUCGUUGAUGUUCUCUGGACUGGUAUGCCUGACUCUGAAUAUGGACCUGCUCUUGUCGAUAUUCUCUUUGGUGAUUAUAAUCCAGGUGGAAAGCUUGUCUUCUCACUAGCCAAAAAUGAUUCCGACUUUGGAACUGAUAUUAGUCUAAUAGGUGACUCAAAUUAUACAGAAGGUGCCUUCUUAGAUUAUCGUCAUUUCGAUAAAUGCAAUAUUACGCCAAGAUAUUAUUUUGGGUAUGGUCUUUCAUAUACUAAGUUCUCGUUUGAUAAACUUGAAAUCUCACAAGCAAACGAUGAUGAUAAAAACUCUCCAGCAUCAUUAUGUAAACAACGUUGA